CUUACACAACGCGAGUUUAUACAAAUAAAAUCAAUAUGCUGGCCAGUAGUCAGUGCGAUAAGGACGAUAUAUUAUCCGUUAAAGAGUUAAAUUCCAUUGUCCAACAAAGCGUUAAAAGUAUUAUCGACAAGGAAAAACUCAGAUCGUACGUAGUGAGUGUCAAAGAUCUAACAACUAACGGAGGAAAUUAUUUAGGAACAUUGCAAACGGUGACCAUAACUGGAAAAACUGAAGAUGGCGAAAGCAAGGAAUUGAGGCUCUUUCUGAAAAAUAUUAUUCACAUAGAAAAAGAGUUUACAAUCGUCAAUGCCUCGGAGGCUUAUCAAAGAGAAGGGUUUUUCUACAGAGAGUUGUUUAAAUAUUUUGAAAAAAUUGAAGAUAAAUACAACAUACCCGUGGAAGAAAGAUUCAACACCGUGAAAGGAUACAGCGAGUCAAAUGAUGAGGUGAUUAUUUUGGAAGAUGUUUCAUACAAGGGUUAUAAAACAGGCGACAGAUUAAAAGUUGUUUCUCUGAAAUUUGCAGAAUUGGCCAUCAAAGAACUUGCCAAAUUUCAUGCCAUGUCAUUCGUUAUCCAGAAUGAAAAUCCAAAAUAUUUUGAGAACAAUAUAAAACCAUUACGGUCGGUGUUUAAAGUAAAUGAACAACUUAAAACUCAUUUGAGAAGAUCAUUUGACAAAGCAAAGGAAACUUUAGAUGAAACUGCAAAAUUGAAACUUGAAUUUUUUUUCCCAAAAGUAAUAAAAAAAUUCCAGCAAUGUAUGGUUGUCGAACCAGAUGAAGCCGUUUGCAUAACGCAUCUAGAUUUUCGGGCAAACAAUAUUAUGUUUCAAGAAAUUGAUGGAGAAGCAGUCAAGGUAGUUCCUGUCGACUAUCAACUGGCUUGUUUCGGCUGCCCAGUCGUUGAUAUUAUAUACUUCAUUUUCUUGGGAACUGAUCAGGAAUUUCGUAAAAACCACAUGGAGAAUCUCAAGGACUUGUACUACUGUACAUUUGAAAGCUUUUUGAGCAAAUUCGGUAUCGAGGCUAAAGAAAUGUACACUAAGAAGCAAUUUGAGGAUGAUUUUAGAGAAAAAUUGGACUUUGGACUGAUAAUGUUUAUAAUAGUAAUGCCUUUGCUUUUCGCACGUACUGAUGAUGUCCCGGAGUUAUCAGUAAUCGAAAAUCUUGCAUUCAACUUGGAUGAGUGCUAUAAGGACAGGCUGCAUGGUGUUGUUGAUGACUUUAUACAGUGGGGAUAUUUGUAAAUAAUUAAAAAUACAAUGGAAUAUUCAUCAUUAUCCUUUAGGCCCAGAACAGACGGUGAAACGCAACUGCAACGAAUCUGCAACUGCUAGUUACUUUUGAGUUGCAUCUAAGUUUCUGCCAUAGCGUCCGUUGAAAGACCACACAUGACGCGCCCAGUUUGAAACUUUCAGUUUCAUUCAUCAGAAUCAUCUGAAAGUUGCAGUUUCGUUGCAGUUGCGUUUCACCGUCUGUUCUGGGCCUUUUAGUUCGUUCGGUUCAGUGAAUCAUCAGUUCAACUGCAGGAUAAAGGUGUAUUCACAGAGGUGUUACAAUUCAAACAAUUUAUAUUUUAAUAGAUGAAUGAAUUAAUAGAAUACAGCGUCUUAUUAAGCUUAAAAUCAAAAGUUUGUCCUAAAUAUUAACGACGGAGAAUGUAUUCUUAACGCGAACGAACUAAUAGUAGGUUCGUAUCAAUAUUUUAGAUUUUGUUAGUUUUAGGUACCUACUAGUGCUUAAACAUAAUAAAUUAAGUGCAGUAAUUGCAAGAAGAAGUCAAGAAAUUAUCAAAAUCUGUUCUUGAUAACUUCUUGAUGGCGUACGGAUAACCACACAAAUUACUCACAAAAGUUGUACUGUCAGUCAAAUUUAACUUGUCUAUCAUUAAAGUAAUGGUUUUAGGAAUAAUAAAAAAACAAGCGAGCGUAUCCACGGGCAA